UGUGGGCGUUGCUGUGUGUGUGUUGGGGGGUGUGGUGGGAUCCAUCUAGGCACAUUCAGGCACUGGACUCAGUGGCUCCCAGAUCUGUGUGAAGGUGCAGCCCGGAUGGGGACUCAUUGGGGGCGGGGGUCAUUCCUGAUGCAAAGGCUCCUCCCCCCAGAAGAGCACGUCAGCGGAGACACUUGGGUUUCCAUCUCAUAUGGCUCAGGGGCGCUGGGAAGGAGGCACCUGUCUGACUGGGGCUCUGCCUCUGGUCGUCCUCUCCUCUGUUUGCUGCCCGGCAUGGCCAGCUGCUUGGCACGCGCGUUGCUGCUGCUACUGCUUCUAGGGUCACCGAGCGCUGUCGCACCGAACCGAUGCGUGGACGCAGCCGACGCGUGCACCGCGGAUGCGCGAUGCCAGCGGUUGCGCACCGCGUACGUGGUGCAGUGCCUGGGUCGGGCCGCGCCGGGGGGCUGCCCCCGCGCCCGCUGCCGCCGCGCCCUGCGCCGCUUCUUCGCCCUCGGGCCGCCCGAGCUUACCCACGCGCUGCUCUUCUGCCCGUGCGGCAGCCCCGCAUGCGCCGAGCGCCGGCGCCAGACCUUCGUGCCCUCCUGCGCCUUCUCGGGUCCUGAACCGGCCCCGCCCUCCUGCCUCGCGCCCUUAGACGCCUGCGAGCACAGCCGGGUCUGCAGGCCCCGCCUCCUGGCCUUCCAGGCCUCCUGCACGCCUCCUCCCAGCAACCUGGACGGCUGCCUUCGAGACCAGGUCCCCAGCUGUCUGCGCGCCUACGCUGGCCUCGUGGGCACCGCCGUCACCCCCAACUACGUGGACAACGCAAGCGCGCGCGUGGCGCCCUGGUGCGACUGCGGAGCCAGCGGAAACCGGCGCGAGGAGUGCGAAGUCUUCCGGGGGCUCUUCACAAGGAACCGCUGCUUGGAUAGAGCCAUACAGGGCUUUGACGGUGGGUGGCCCUCAGUCCUACACGACCAGCUGGACCCCCACCAGGACCCUGAGCACAGCCUCCUACAGGUGUCCUCUGCAGAUGCGUCCCUGGAGGGGAGCUCCAUGUUCUCUGUGCUCCCUGUUCUGGCUCUCCAGCCCCUGCUCUGACUAGGACAGCAGACCUUGGACAACAGCCAACUGUCCCACCCUGCCUGGGAUACUGGGCCUCAUUGGUGACCUACUGCCCCACUGAAAAGGGACUGGCUUACCUCCCAAGCUGGCCCCAGUGCUCUUGCCCUACUGCCCUUUGCAGCUCUGGACACUUUUAUCAUGCUUUAAGGGUAGACUUAAACGGACUUGUAGGCAAAUUCCCUCUACUACUACAGCCGUCAUGGCAUCCUCCCAGUUAGGCACCACCCAUCAUGAUAGCCACCUGCACUCCAUAACUAACAUUGGCAGAGUGUUUCCUGUCCACAAUAUGCUGCUUGUUGGACAUCACCUAGAGUGAGAAUCCAGUUCCCUACAUUGCACUGGUCAUAUGGCCAUCUUCCCAGUGAUUCAGCCUGUCACUAGGAAUGGCAUCCAUAACUCAAUAAAUCCAUGUGCACUGAGACUGGCCUUGCUUUCAUGUGAUCUGUGUCCUGGGAGCCUGGAGACCAAGGUCAGCCACAGGGUGUGCCUCUGCUGGCCUCCAAGAACUUGGGUGGCCUCAGAACCUCUCCAGGCAUCAUCAUCUCAUCUGUGGAUGCUGAACUGAAUCACCUCUCAGGUCCUAGUGGCAGGGACUUUGGUUGCUUUUUAUUCUCUCAUUCUCUGCUAGUAAUCAGAUAAAGUACAUGUCCCAGCCUCCCUUGCAGUUAGGGGCUGUUCAUGUGACACAGUUCUGGCCAGUGAGUGAAAUUCACAGAUAAGCCUUCCAGGAGAGCUCUUUAAAAAGGAAAAGACUUGCUGACUGGGCCCUUUAGCCUCUGGCCUCAACCCUCCCCUUUUCUUGCCCAGAACUUGGAGGCAAUGCCUGGGAGCAUGGGCACCAUCUUGAAAGUGGAACCAUAUGACAUUGUGGCUCACCAGCCCAUCUACCUUCUUCUGGACUUUACUAUGUGAGAAAAAUGAUA